AUGUCGGCCCACGUCCAACGCGUCAAAAAGCUACCGAGCAAGACGACAGUCACGCUCAAACCGCCGCACCUACUCGUACACGACAAGGACGAGAUAGAAGUGAGUGCGCACGUCGCGCCGCGAGCCGUACUACGGGAACUGCAGCAGGUCUUCGGCGGCAAAAUCACCUUCGACGAUGCGGUAGUAGCAAUACCAACAACACAACAUACCGCGAUGCAAAUGGUCAAUUGGGGAGAUGAUGCGGCUAUAGAGAAAGAUCGGUGUCUGGAGGCGUUCUUCGCGUUUGCGGAAGCAGUGAGAAAAAAGCUGGAGCCGCACUGGUGCGACUACAUCGACCCUUGUUCGGGUCUACCGAAGCAUGAUAAAUCCUCGAAUUGUGUGUAUGACGAAGUCUCAGGCCACCAGUGCCUCCUGAAGUACAUGGUCAGUCAAGCGGGCGGCUGCAAAGUUUUAUUACACCCAAAGUGGCAGACGGCCUGUUACCCCGCUACUAUUUUUACCACUGCUCCCAACAACGUAGUUCUGGAGGCUUUAGGUACAUGGCCAACACCGACGGACGUCCUCAAAGCAAGGCUGAGUGAGGGCGACCCGACGCCGACGCCCUUGAGGAUCGCGCAGGAUCUGGUACAGGCCGCGGGCGCGGGCGAGUACUGGGGCCGCAUCCAGGGUGUUGGAGGGACGUCCGUCGGGGAGCUGCGGCGGUUGUUUAAAGAGGUGCGGUUCGACGACGGCGGCGCUUUGGAUUUCGUGCCGCCGAAUACGCGGCUGUCCAUCAAGGCGGGCCUGGACCGGAUCCCUUCUUCACUUGAUGCGCGAUUGGACACAAACUUCGCUUUGGACUCGAAAUUAGAGACCCUGGAAGGGAGGAAGGCCGAGGCCGAGGCCUACGCGCGCGAGAUGGCCGCGGCGCGAGACCGGGCAGCCAUUAAAAAAGACGCGGCCGAGGCGAAAUUGGCGUCGGACAACGCGAUGCGCGAGCUCCAGGAGAUAGCUGCGCAGUGGAAUACGGGGUAA